GAGAAGAAGGAGGAGGAAGAGGAGGAAGAGGAAGAAGAGGAGGACGGUGCACCGAAGAGGGAGCAACAUCCAUACACAGAUUCUAUCCAGGAGUAAAGCUCGUCUUCCCUCGUCUGCUUCUUUGGGUAUCAGGUAUGAGGCUGCGACAGUGGUGCAUUAUGGGGGUGACCGUGUUGCUGCUGCUGUGUGAGAUUGCCGUCAGUCAGCUGUGUAAGUCUCUCAUCACCAUGGUGGACGGCUUCCAUACACUUUUCAUCCUUUUCCACAUGGCUCUCCACCAGACUGAGGGCUUCGUCAAACCUUGCACCCGCUCCUCGGAUUCCUCCCCAUUUUCUCCGCUUGCCUCCUCCUCUUCCUCGGGGGCUCUUCCUCCUCCUUCACAUGCAGGUCCACCUGCUGAACUUCCACCCAGAGCCCAGUCCACCGGAGAACAGCCCCACCGAGACCAGGCUGCACCGAUUGACUCACAAAAACAUUUUUCCCCAGCAGCUCCGAGCUGCGGUCUGUCGUUCCCCGACAGCAGGAAGCGGGCUGUGGGUGUUUUCAUUUCCUACCUCCUCCUGGUCUCUCUGUGCGUCGCCUACUUCUUGGAAAUCAUGGGUUUCAUGGUGAAGCCCCACCCGGUUCACCACCCCCUGCUGCCAGUGGUGGUUGGAGCUGGGAGUCUGCUCCAUAAGAUGCUGCUGUUUGUCCUGGACUGGGAUGAGCUGCUGGAUAAGAAGGCAGGAAGCUGCAGGCGGCGGGUGGAGACUGAACCUCACCUUGAAAUGAACUACAAAGUCUGUGCUGCAGAGGAGUCCCAAGGCCAAGACGAAGAGGAGCUCUCUGUCCCGUCCAAAGUUCAAACUGCAGCACCUCGCUGCCUCCACAGCGAGGUGCUUGUCCUCUGUAAUCCAGGAACUCCCAACCUGCCUCACCACGACUGCAGAACGGAGCUUCAGCUGCAGGAAGCCACUGACGGAGAGAACAAUGCUGCACAUUUAAAGAAAGAGAGUCUGAACUACCACCUGUGCAUGGGGCAUCCUGACAGCCAGAAUACACACAAACCCUCUUCAGCGGACAAGCCAUCACCAGGAUGGAGCUGCCGCUGGGCCCUCUGCCUCCUGUCCUUCGUCUUCAUCAUCCAGGGACUCUUCACAUCCCUCCUGGCUCUGAUCAACAGCCUGGUGAUGCUGGUCGUUCCACAGCUCCUGCACGGCUCUGGAGCCUGCAGCAUCCUGGUUUAUCUGGACCCAGGCCUCUCCAUGCUGGCUGUCAUCACGCUGAUUGCAACGUCUAUGCCGCAGGUGUACAGGUACGGCAUGCCGCUUCUUCAGGCCUCUCCUCCACACGUGCGUGUGUCUGAUGUCGGCCGGAGGCUUGCCGGCGUUCCCGGGGUGCAGGCUGUGCACGAGCUCCACGUCUGGCAGCUAACUGAGUCGCUCACAGUGGCGUCUGUCCACGUCCACUGCCACACUAGGUUCCCGUCGAACAGUUAUGCUGAUCUGAUGGCAGGAGUCACCAAAGUGCUGCAGAACGAGGGUGUGAGCUGCAGCACUAUUCAGCCAGAGUUCACGUCUUCCUCUUCCUCGAUCAGAGGAGAUGAAGCCGCCACCUUGGUCCACAGAGAGGACCUCUGCUCUCGUCCUCUCCCACGCUGCAGCCUGGCCUGCGGGAAAGCCUGUGCUGCCAGUAUGUGCUGCUCCCUCCUGGAAGAGACGGAGGAGCAGACCCGGAGCGUUCAGAGACCAGGAACUGGAGAGAGCCAGGAGGAUCCUCAGACUCUGGUCAUCGAGAACACAUUCCUCUGACUCUCUGUUUUUACCUGAUAAGAAGGUAAAGGCGGAAAAACGUGUUUUUCUCUGUUAGUUUUAUUAUAUAAACAGGUGUUAUUCCAAAGAUUUUCUAUCCAUUUUUGUUUCUUUAAUUGAUUAUGGAAAAGCUGUACUUCUUCAAUUUCAUAUGGGCGAUGUUAAAUAAAUUACAGUAUUAUGUAAAAUCAACUUUUUGGGUGUUACAUUAUGUUAUAAUGUUAUUCCCUCAUCAAAAACAUACUUGGAGUGCUACUUUGAUUGCUUCAUGCAUGUUUGAGAAAUCCUUUCAGCUGUGCUAAACGCCUGGGUGGACUUAGCCCCGCCUUUGAGACACAGCCCCUCCUCGGAGCUGCAGCUUCACGAAACAACCCUCUCCUGGGGGUCCCUCACUGAGUUCCUUCAGACUAGCCAGCAGCAAUUAGCAAACACCUGGUGGAACUGUGCAUCAGCUGAGCUCAUUACACAAGCUGCUUCUCAGUGCAAUGCUGGUAAAAACGUUGUUAAAGGGUUAAUAGAGGAGAGGUGUUGAGACAACUUCCUGAAGACGGAGUUUCAAAAAGAGCAGGAGUUUUUAAAGAGACGGCGACCCAAUUUUAAGGCGUUAAGUUACAAAGUAAGUUUCUUUUAAGUUAUUUUCAGGGUUAGGGUGAUGUCCAAUCAAGCCUUUGCUUUCCAAACAUGGAGCAGAAUAAACAGAUGGAACAAACAAGAGAAACACCAAUAGAUUGAGAAUAUUAAAAUUAACAUGGACUCGUU